ACCAGGACUGCUAGAAACGUGACCGUGAGCAAAAACGACGGUAGAAGAGCCACUCCCGUGGUGAGAGUGAUGGUUGCUUCCACCACCCGCCAGCUGGACGCUCAAAACAUGGAAGCUGGCAGUGAUAGUGCGGAGGUUACCAGUGGUGCCACAGCAUCCGCCGGCACGUCGGACACAUAUACCCCGGCAGUGGUGAAAGUCGAAUCGUCGGACGGAGCAGCAACAGAGUCAUCGCUCAGCGAAACCGAGCACACAGCGAACGAGCCGGCGAUGGACGCGGACGGGGAGAAGGUAACACAUCCGGCGGUGGCACCGUCCCCAGGUGCGGACACGCUGGAACCCGGCAAAACCGCAUCCCCGGUAGCAGCGGGCAGCGGGGAGGAGGAGGACGAUGCCAACAACACAUCGCCGGCCAGCAAGCUGACGCUUCUCCAUCGACAGCAGCGGCGCAGCAGUAGCAGCAGCUGCAGCAAUCAGAGCCACCGCCAGCAGUCGGCGAACAAGCAACGCAGCGAGUAUCUGCACCAGCUGACGGACGACAUGCUGCGGCGGAAGACGAUGAACAACAACAGCAGCACGGUGCCGAACAACAACAGCAGCACCCGGGGCAAGCGGUCCCUGGAGUCGACGGCGGAGAUGCUGCUGCAGCAGCAGCGUCGCCAGGCAGCGGCCGCAUCGACCGCAGCCCCGUCGCUCGGCAAGCAGCGUGGCGCGGGUGCCCGCCGACCCGAGGACGACGAGGACGAGGAGGAGCAAACGGUCGUUGGGGCCGAGCCGGGGAAGCGCUACGUCUGCCCCAUCUGCGACUGUGUGUCGCCGACGCAGCGCGCCUUCACCGAUCACAUCCGGCUGCACAAUGCCGAGUCGGAGUCGGCGGCGACGGCCGUCGCGUCCGCGAGCUUCUGCUGCAAAAUCUGCUCCAAGGUGCUGUCGUCGGCGUCAUCGCUCGAUCGGCACGUGCUGGUACACACGGGCGAACGGCCGUUCAACUGCAAGUACUGCAGCCUCACGUUCACCACCAACGGGAACAUGCAUCGGCACAUGCGCACCCACAAGUACCCGUCCGGACGUGACAGCUUCGAGAGUGAUGCCGGCGGUGGGGGUGGCGCGGGCGUUGGCGGUGGCUCAUCGUCCGACGGUAGCGGGGCGGGAGGCAACAAGACUGUCCGUAACAGUGGCCGCACGGGGCACGGUGGCUCAGCGGCCGCCACCAACCGGCAUUAUCGCAAGAAAAAGGAGGAAGAUCCGGAGGAGGACGAAGACGCGGAUGAGGAGGACGACUAUGGGCAGCCGAAGCGGAAGAAGCGUGCCCUGUACGACCGUGGCGGCGAGCAGGAGGAGGAAGAGCUGGCGAUGCUGGAGGAGCAGACGGGCAGCAGCAGACGGCGCCGGCAGAAGGAGCAGGAGCUGCUUAUGGGCGUUGACAUGGUGGAGGAACACCGUCGACCCGAACCGGACGAGGAGGAAGGGGACUACGAGGAGGAGGAACACCGCGGCAGCAAGCGGAAGGCAUCGUUAAGCGAGCGGCCGCAACAGUAUCGCAAGGUGCGCACCAUCAACAACAACCUGCUGGAGGGUUCGGUGGUCGAGAGCGGGCAACGCUACUGCUGUCCGGUUUGCGUGCGGAACGAUUUCGCGAGCAUGCUCAGCCUGGAGCAGCACCUGGACCGGGAGCAUCCGACCAUACCGGCGAAAUGCCGGCACUGCGAGAUCAUGUUCCGCAGCCACAAGGCGCUGAAUGCGCACCGGUGCAGCAACAACAACUAUCAGAACAUAACGCCCGGCUUCAAGGAUCUCACGUUUGUCGACUUUUCCAGCGAGAAGUUUCCGCUGAUCGCGAAAAACCUGUGCGAGCAGAGCAUCCGGACGCCGGUGACGAGCCAAAAGUACGAGUGCACCCGCUGCUACCGGGCAUUCCCCUGCUCGAAGACGCUCUCGAUGCACGCGGCGGACUGCUGCAGUGGUGGGGCGGUCGGGACGGGCGGGGAGCGGGCAACCGGGGGGCCGCGACGGAAGCGGGCGUCGAGCGAGUCGGAUUCGUCGGAUGUGUCCGGGUCGGACGGUGGUUCGUGCUACGACGACCGCAGCAACCGACCGUACGAUGACGACCGGCAUCGGGAGCUGCGCACUCAGCAGCAGCAGCAACACCAGCAGCAGCAGCAGCAACACCACGCACAGCAGGGCCACCUGCGGCGGGAAGAUUUCUUCGCCAACCUGGAUCUGCAGAACCGGUCCGUCGGCACGUUUUCGGAAGCACCGACCACGCCGUCCUCGCUGGACAAGUCGUUCUCGUCGCCGGUGCCGGUGCUGAAGCAGGAACCGCUCGCCUCGCCGACCGAUUCGACUGCCGCGCUGCCGACGUACUACUCCUCCAACAUGGCGCUCUAUCACGCGCACCAGCAGCAGCAGCAGCACCACCAGCAGAUGGUCGACAGCGGUAAGGACCUCGCGGACAUUCAGUCCAUCAUCAAUGUCGCAUCGUCCGGUGGGUUGUUCGGUCGCCAGCUCGACGGCGGCAGCCACACGCCACUGUCCGGCCUGCUGGACGCCUCGCUCGGCAAGGACGGUGCGGGCAGCGACAGUGGCAUGUACGCCCACUCGACCGGGUCGCGGGACGAGCCGGAGGAGGCGCAGGACGCGUUUACGGCCGAGUUUCGGCGCAUGAAGCUCCGGGGGCAGUUCCCGUGCCGGAUCUGCACCGCCGUGUUUCCGAACCUGCGCGCCCUCAAGGGGCACAACCGUACGCACGUGACGGCGGCCGGACCGGGCCCGUACCAGUGCAACAUGUGCCGCUACGUCGUCAGCGACAAGGCGACCCUGAUCCGGCACAUGCGCACGCACAACGGCGACCGGCCGUACGAGUGCGCGCUGUGCAACUACGCCUUCACGACGAAGGCCAACUGCGAGCGGCAUCUGCGGAACCGGCACGGGCGCACGACGCGCGAGGACGUGAAGCGCGCCAUCAUCUACCACCCGGCGGAGGAUUCGUCCUGCGACGAUCCGCUGAAGAAGCUGCAGCUGUUCAACACGCCGCCGGCCGACGGGUCGUACACGCCGACGAUGCUGGCGACCGCCACGUACCAGGACGAGCAGAGUCUGCCGGAGGCACGCAGCAGCACGCCGCUGCAGUCGCAGGACAUGCUGAUGCCACAGUUGCCGCUGAGUUUUGUGGCAGCCGCCGCGGCGGCGGGCCAGAACCGCAGCCCCCUGCUGGACACCGGCCUGCUGCUGCAGACACCGCUCGGCGGCGGUGUGGGCAACGGCACGUUCGGCACGGCAGCAGGCGCGGCGAAGAUACAGGUGAAGAGCCUCGAGAAGCUGAACCAACUGACACCGCCGAAGGAGGACGACGAUGAGGACGAUACGCUCGAGGAGGACCAGGACCAGUCGCUCGAGGAGGACCCGCCAAUCAUCUGCGCCAAGAAGGCCACGUCCGUCGCGCUGGACGGUGGUGCGCUGCGUCCGAAAGGCGGCGGCAAGCACGCGGCGGAGGUGAACAGCAAUCCGCUCCCGAUCGAUUUGAGCAUGGACGCGCUUGAUCUCAGCAAGAAGUCGACCGCGUUCGGCCGCAAGCCAGCCCCGCUGCUGUCGACCGACGGCGAGGACGAAGACGACGAUAGCGAGGGCGUCCCGAUGCACCGUCACCAUCACCGGGCGGACCUGUUGCUGCCGGUGAAUGGUGUCGGCAGCGAACCGCGCUCGAUGGUGUCCACGAAGCAGGGCGGGAUGGGACCCAAACACCAGCACGCGGCCCCACCGGCGAAGGACAGUGAGGCGGACGAGGAGGCCGAGGCGGCCCAUCGGCGGGGCGACCUGCCGAAGCUGUCCAAGGUCAAUCUCGCCCAGCAGCAGCAGCAGUUCCAGCUCUUCAACGAUACGCUUGCCAAACUCGACCCGAUGCACUUCUUCCAGCUGUACCAGCUGUACAACACGCUGCAGCUACCGUCCUUCCCGCUGCACGCCGCCCCCUUCCUGCAGAACCCAAUGCUGCCCGGGUCGGCGGCCGCGCUGGGCGCGCUGCCGAACCUGGCGGCGGCGGCCGCCGUAACGGCCGCCGCUACAUCCACCGGCGGUCGCAACCACCGCCACCCGUUGCUGGUGAACCCGUUCUAUCCACCGCCGGUCACCGACACACCGCCGAACAGCGUCACCAAGGCGGGGGGCGACUGUCUGGCCGGGGACAUUGGGACGGCGGCGACGCUUGCCACGCCGAAGCAGCUGCUCACGCCCUCCUCGCCCUCGCCGAUGGCCACACCGAUCGGGAGCGGUCCCGGGGGUGCGGGUGGUGGAACUGGCGGUUCCAACGGUCAGCUGUCCUCCAUGCAGCCGCAGCAUCCGACCGGUGGGGGCAGCGGCUCCCCAGUCACCUCGGCCGCGGCACUGGCAGCGGUCGCAGCCGCCGCCGGCGUCGGCAGCUUCGGCGUGUCGCCCCUGUCGGCGGCAGCGGCCGGUGGCCCCGGUUCGUCCGGUGUCGGCCCGGUGAAGAUGGUGAUCAAAAAUGGUGUGCUGAUGCCGAAGCAGAAGCAGCGCCGCUACCGCACGGAGCGCCCGUUCGCUUGCGAGCACUGUUCCGCCCGGUUCACGCUGCGCUCCAACAUGGAGCGGCACAUCAAGCAGCAGCACCCACAGUUCUGGUCCCAACGGCAACGCGGCGGCCACCAUCUGAUGCGUCGCGGCGGCGGUGGUGGGGGAGGAGGUGGCGGUAGCAACAGCAGCAGCGGCGCGAGUCUGUCCACUGCGAGCAGCUCGGUUGGGUCGCUGGUGACCGCCCUGCAGGGAGCGUUCGGUGCGGUUGGCGGCAACGGCGGAGGCGGUGCCAUUUCGGAGCAGGUGAAGUACGCCAUCCUAGCGCAGCAGUCCGGCAAAGGUGGUGGAGGGAUGGGUGGUGGUGGCAGCAGCGGUCAGGAUGGUGCGGCCGCCAGUCACCUGAACCCGCUGCUGCACAACAUGAUUGUGCAGGGUGCGGCAGGGCACUGGAACCAGCAGCAGCAGCAGCAGCAGCGUCUCAACCACCAUUACGGCCAGCAACAGACCCCCGUUAUGCCGUCCGGACUCGGUGGAAGGCGCGGCGAAACGGAGGAAGACGACGAAGACGAGUGUCGGGUGGAGCGGCAGUACGACGGGGCAACACCGAUAUUGAGCCAGCGCUACCGUCGCCGUCGUCGUCGCCUGCAGUCCCACCUCGAGCACGAUGGUGAAUAUCAGCGCCGUGCAUUCGACGAUGUCGGCAGCAACUACAAGCUGGCGUACGACGAGGCGGAUCACCAGACGCCAGCAACGGCCGAGCCGCAAGAGGAAGAGAACGACGAGGAGGAGGAGGAGGAGGAGGAGGACGGAGCACCCGAAGAAGGGCAUGAUGCACGCGGUGACGAGGAUGACGAAGAGGAGGAUGAUGCGCAGCUCGUGAUUGACGAGGAGGAGGAAUGUGGCGCACGCGGGGCAAAAAUGCCCCACGCCCCGGACACCAAGAAUGCUGCGAACGUGGCAGCGUACAGCGAGCCGAAAAGCGACCUCGUCGGUGGUGGUGGUGCGAGUUUGAACCGCAUACUGAAGCAGAAGCUGGAAGAGAACCGUUCCAAGGUGGAGCUCGCCGGGGGUGAUAAGGUUGGUACGGUGCAGGAGCAGCCGGUGGUGAACGCUGCCCCGCACCAACCGCAAUCCUGUAAGCAACCGAAGCAGCAGCACAACCAAUCGGUGACCGCUUCCGUCGCGAGAAAGGCGUCGUCUAGCAGCAGCAGCAGUAGCAACAGUAGUCUGAUCAAUCACGAUGAAAGCGGAAGCAGCGAUCUGGUGCCCGUGUCCAAGCUGCUGGAUAAUGCCGUCAGUCCGGCAUUGGAGAACUUCUUCAGCCGACCGGAGGUACAGGUACCACUGUCCCAGGACCACAGCGAUGAGGAGGGCCUGGUGGCGUCCGGGUCCGCUUCGGAGAGCAAUAACUCCGGCACGGAUGAUCCCAACCCAUCGGCGGUGGCACUCGCCCAUCAGCAGCAGAAGAAGAAAUCGGCGUACAGCCUCGCCCCGAAUCGUGUCAGCUGCCCCUACUGCCAGCGCAUGUUCCCGUGGUCCAGCUCGCUGCGCCGCCACAUCCUCACGCAUACCGGCCAGAAGCCGUUCAAGUGCUCCCAGUGUACGCUGCUGUUUACCACCAAGUCGAACUGUGACCGGCACCUGCUGCGCAAGCACGGUGACGUGGAGUCGGCCGUCUCGAUACCGGUACCGAUAGACGAUCUGCUCGAUCCGAAACCGGAACCGAUACCGGUGGCGGUGGCCGAGGCGAUGUGCAAGAAGAUUUCCGGCAAGGGAACGCGCUCGGCCACGGUUGUUGCCUCGUUGAAGGGACCUGAGCAGCCGCAGCAACAACAGCAGCAGGCUAGUGGCGAAGAUGAGGAAGCUCAACCGGAGGUUGCUGCACAGUCGAAGGAGAAGCAUUGCGCUGUUGCAUCAAAAAACGAGGCAGUUGAGGCACAGCAGGCCGCAACAGUGGAUGAGGAGGAGCACGACAAGCUGCACCCAGUGUUCGACAAGAAGAAUGGCAAUGGGGAGGAUGCGGAGAUCGAGGAAGAGGAGGACGAUCAGGAGGAGGACGACCAGCAGCAGAAGGAGACACGCCAUCGACGUUCAGCGCGCCGCCAUCACCGCGACGAGGAGAACGGCAAUGAGGAGGAACGCCGGCACCGUCGGUUCAAUCAGCACGGUGCUGCGGAUACGGCGGCGCUGGAGGACGAGGAUGGAGAAGGCAAGGAGGGGCUGCUUUCGGCCGGUGGUUUGCCCGAUCUUCCCUACAAGUGCCACCUGUGCGAUGUUUCGACUGCCGAGCGCGUGUCCUGCCUGGAGCACAUCAAGCAAACCCAUCCGCAGGAGUUCACGACCCUCAUGGCGAAGGUGUCGCUCGAGGCUGCCGCAUCGGCUACCGAAAGCGAGGCACACACCGGCUCACCGGACGACGAUGAGAGUGGUAACAACAACAACAACAACAACAACAACAACGGUGGCAAGUAUCUCGACUAUGCCAAUCGGAAGGUUAUCUGCGCAUUCUGUUUGCGUCGCUUCUGGUCGACGGAAGACCUGAGACGGCACAUGCGGACGCACUCCGGCGAGCGACCGUUCCAGUGUGACGUGUGCGAUCGCCGAUUCACCCUCAAGCACAGCAUGCUGCGCCACCGGAAGAAGCACACCGCGGGCGAUGGAAACACUUCCCCCGUCUCGUCUUCCUCCUCCACCACCGGUCGGCGGCAUAUGUCCUCCCGUCGCGCGAACGGUCAGUCGGACGGUCGCAAAGGUAAGGUCAAUGGGCACGGUGAUGCCAACAGUGGUUCCGAUCUUACCGACGACGACGAGUACGAGGACGCGGAGUGCUCCAGCCCACCGUUAUCGAUCCAGCAGUCAGAGCAACAGCAGCAGAACCACCAAACACCAGCCGAGCGUGGUACCGCAACCACCGACACCACUGCGGAGAUCCCAACGGUUCCAGCGUCGGCCGCCAUCACCGGUGGAGGGAAGCGUUACAACCAACGCCAUCACUACCACCACCACAGCCAACAGCAACAGCACUCGGAGCUGAUCGGCAAUCUGCUCGGCAUCAGCGACCAGGGCAUCCUAAGCCGGGUGCUGCUCUCAUCCGCCUCCGAAGCUGCCAAGCUGCUCGGUGUGGACAAGUGA